AUGUCCUAUGAUGAGAAUUUAAAUGUUGUUGUUGAUAUUUUAUCCGUUAUGACGUUGAAAGCUUUUUUACCAUUAUUUAUUUUAACAUACGGUUCAAAAAUUAUUAGGAUGGAGUUAAAGUGGCGUAUUUAUUUAUUAUAUGUUGCUCUAAUUUGGGUAAUUAUUCUUACUUGGUAUGAAAAUGAUCCUUUCUUAUGGGAUGAUGAAAACAUGAUAAGUUUUAAUAAAAUGGAAUUAAUACAACAAGUAACGUUGAUAUUAUCAAGUUUUUUAUUAAUUUGUACAAUAAUAUGUCAUAAAAAUUUUGGUAAAGGACUUAGAUAUUACCUCGAAUUUGAUCAAGAAUUGAAGUAUGAAUAUGAGGCUUCAAAAUUAAAGUUUAUUGAUGACGAAUUUGAUUCAGAAUCAUUUCUUUUAAUUUUUUGGGAAUCCGUUAGAAAGUUUUUUGAUUUUCUUAAUUUUCUUAAAGAAUGGUUGAUAGAUGAUCAAAAACAGAGAUCAGAAAGGAAAAAUAACGAUAUAAAAGUGAUUAUAUUAUAA